AGGAAGCUGCCCGCAAAGUAAAAAGGACAUAAACUAAAGGCAAAGAAGACUUGAACCACAUGCAGUGUCUAGGGGACAGGAGUUCAUGGGCUGAGGGCUUGGCUACUCCCCUGACCAUAAAUGGCUUGGCCAGGGUUCUCUUGGGACCACCUCUGGCCCUGCCUCCCCAGCUCUCCCAGCCGGGUGUUCCUACAAAUGGGAGACACAAGUCAAUAGCACCAGGGAGAAAGGAGCUUGCCGCGGGCAGAGUUUGAGACGGUUCCUAGGAGGCUGUUGGAAAUGAGCUUUUCACUAAACUUCACAUUGCCAGCAAACACAACUUCCUCUCCAAUUGUCACGGGUGGCAAAGCAGCAGACUGUGGGCCCUCUGUUGGACUAGCAGCAGGCAUCCCGAGCCUGCUAGCCACAGCCCUGCUGGUGGCCUUGCUGUUUACCUUGAUACAGCGAAGACGAUGCAGCCCUGAGGCCACUGAGGAAAGUGAAAGACCAUGUGAAAUUUCAGAAAUCUAUGACAAUCCGAAGAUAUCUGAGAAUCCUAGGAGGUCACCCACACAUGAGAUGAACACAAGAGGUACACAAGAAGCUCAUGUAUAUGUGAAGACUGUUUCAGGAAGUGAAGAACCUCUGCCUGACCCUUACCGUCCUCCUGAAGAAAUGGAGAGAAGGAGAGGAUUGUGGUGGCUUGUGCCUAGACUGAGUCUAGAAUGAUAUGGAUUUGCCAGGGCAUACACCUGGAGCUGGAACAGGACUGAAAACCCAGGGAUACAUGCCUGGGGAGGAGGGAAACUAAGCUGCUUCUUUAAUCUGUGUAAAUUUCAUUUAUAGAUCUGGGACACAUCUGUGUUGAGUCUUUUUAGAGGACAGAUCCACUAAGGGCCAUUAAAUCCUCAGAUCUUGUGGUUAAUGAGCAGUGUAGCAUUGGGUGAGUUUGCUGUGUACCUGGAUGGAGUCCCUUGGGUCCUGUUUCUGACACUAGAAAGAAUUUGCUUUUCUCUGUGACUUUGGAAAAUGAGCUUAAUUUCUGCAUGUCUUGCCUUCUUAUCCCACCCCCCCCAUCUUACUCCCCCCAUCUCUCAAAAAGAAAAGUUGUAAGAACAGGCAUCUCUGGGUAUGCUGGUAAAGGCCAGCUUGAUAUGAAUUAGGAUGCAAAGGAAACUUAUAGACUGUGUAUGAAAGAAGCAAUUAUAUAUUUCUGAAUAUCUCAGGGUAAAAUCAUGUGGAAUCACACACUCCCUGACACAGGGAAGCACAUGGCUGGAUUCUGUCAUACGGCGGUGCAAAGGGGAUGGACUCCUGAGUCAGACCUGCCAUUGAGCAACGGUGAAACUUCUGGGGGAAGUCAACUAACUUUGUUAAGCCUGUUUUUGGAUUUAUAAAAUAGGGGACAGUAUCACUUGCUUCAUGUGGUCAUUGGAAAGAUAACAUAAAAAUAAAGGGAAGUGUUUUCCUCUUAUUAAAAUAUUAAAUCCCUAUUCUUACCUCCCUCUAACCUCUUCCCAGUUUUCUUGUUAAGUCAAGUAGAUGAUCAGCAGCAGUUGUUGCCCAUAGUCACAGAAUCAACAAGGAAAUAUUUACUCUAAACUUUCUCCAUCGCCUACAGUUCCAACUGUUGACAUUUAAAGACAAUGCUAGUUGUCACUAAAUGUCCACUGAGUACCACCAUAGACACUGUCUGUCCUUGUAUGUCAAUCAAGUUCCAAAUUCCAAGCGUAGAAACCUGUGUUACAUGUGACAUUCAGGAUGCUGAAGUUUGUGAUCGUUAAUCUUCAUUAUCAACUCAAUAGGAUUUAGGAAACAGACCUCAAUAGGAAACAGACCUCUGGGUGUUUCCAGACAGGUUUAACUAAGCAAGGAAGAUCCACCCUAAAGUGAGUCAAAUUCUCCCAUGGGCUGGGGUCCUGGACUGAAUAAAAAGGAGACAGCAGGCUGAGCAGCAGCGUUUAUGUCUCUCUGCUUCCUGACUGCAGAUGCAGUGUGACCAGCUGCUUCGUGUUCCUGCCUCCAUGCCAUGCCUUCCCUCCGUGAUGGACUAGACCGUCAAACUGCCCUUAAGUUGCUUUUGUCAGACAUUCUGUCAUAAUAAUGAUAAAAGUAAUUGAUAUAAAAUUCAUAGAUUCAUAGUUUAAUGACUCUUCUUUGCAAUGAGGUAUUUUGCUUUGAAGUAUCAUAAUAAAAAAACUGUAUCAGGAAUAAAGAUCAAGAGGACCAAGAAUAAACACAGGACCAAAGGAAUGGACUGAGUAGCUCUAUACCUGCCGUUCAUGGGAAAUCUUGAGCCAGCAUCAACAAGCAUGGGCCAGGCCUCCAAUUUCAUUUCCUGAGAUGGCUUUCAGAUGGCCUGGCCACCCCUUUCUCCUAGUGCCCAACCUUUGAACAGGCCAGGCUUCCUAGUGGGAGAGAUGAGGUCUCAGGAGAUCUAUGGGAAUAUCCACCAACUCUAUUAGCCAGAUUGAUAUCCCAGGAAGCCAUCUUUUCUCACAUGGGGCCUCUGAUUGCUCAGAAAUGGGCCUAUUUUCUUGAUUAACUAGGAAUGAUUCUAUAAACCCAAUCACCGUCACACACUACACCAUCACACACUAGCAACUGCUUUUCAAACCUUUCUGAAAUUCAAUUUUGUUCUCUCUUCUGAAUUCAGCCACUUAGACAAGCAGAUUUCAUCAUUUCAAGCAGAUGAUGCUAAUGCUCUCAUGCCUGAGAACUCAGGUGAGGUCAUGGCUUUGAAACUCAUGGGUACUAGCUCUAGCCCAGUGUUGAUUACCUGGAACUUCAUUCAAUUUUAUACUUAUAAAACCAGCUCCAGGGAGUUGCUAUGAAUCUGGAUUGAAAUAUGUACAUCGGUAAGCCUUGAGCCUGUAAAGAAAAGGUAUGAUGUGUGUUUUCAACAAUUUAUUUUAGCUCUACUUACCAUCAACUGUGUAGAAUCUAUUUCAAAUUGUUUUUAACAAAACUCACAAGAUUCAAUAUUUCUGUCAGUGCAAACACUUAUUUUUUAAUAAAGUAAAAAGUAAAAUGGC